AUGUCAAUUGUGGCAGAAGUACGCAGAACCAACGGCAAUGUUGAUAGAGAUGCUCCUCGAUCUCCCGUUAGUAUCUCAACAGAUUCUAGUAGGAGGAAUUCGUUGAGACCAAUUCUCCCAGAGAAACACUCAGAGCCUCCGACUCCCGUUUCACCUCCACCUUCCGACCGUUUGUCAAGAAAACGAGCAGCAUCACUCGAUACUGAAAGUGCGAGUGCGAGCCAACCACGAAUCGGAGAUCUUGCAUUGAAUAGUGUGAGCACAAGCAAUAGCAUUGGGGGCCCUUCUCCUAUUUCUGAUACGCCAGUCACGGAACAAGUGUGUCUUGUCAACCAGACCCAAAGAUACCACGACCUCGAAACGGUGCCAUUUAUCCUUUACCGUCAACAUUAUCAGGCACAAGUCGUCGCCCAGCAUCCCGGUCUUGCAAAUCCCGAAAUAUCAAAGAUUAUUGGAGAACAGUGGCGCGAGCAGGCACCCAAUGUAAAAGAGGAAUGGAAAAGACUCGCUGAAGAAGAAAAGCAACGUCAUCAAAGACAAUAUCCUAAUUAUCGUUACCAGCCGCGCAGAGCAGGGAAGACGGUCGGUAAUCGUCCACUAACUUCAACAUCGGACGAUCCCAUUCGGUGUCCGAGAUGUAACGGACGCUACAUCUCAACGCCAAGUACACCGUUGACACCCUUCACGCCGGCUUUUGGAGCUGCCGUUCCUCGCAACGAUAGAAUUCUUCCGCCAUUCAGCUCAAAUAAUCAGGCCCAGAAGUCCCAACAGUCUCAGUAUCAACCCCAGCUCGGCGAGCUUGAAAGACCCCGCUAUCUAGCUCAAAUGCCCGGCAGCGGUAGAGUAGACUCUCCACGUAUAGGUCCACCUCCCCAACAAAUGGUUAGGCGACACCCAUACCCUCAACCCCUCCAUACCCAUCAUGAACAGGAUCAGGAUAUCGAGAUGCAAUCUGCCUCCCCAGAUUUCAAGCGUCGACGUUUCACCAACGAUCCGAGGGUCUAUCCACAACCAUCUCCGAUGGUAUAUUCAACCCCUCAACAAGGUUUCGCCCGCAACCAACAAAUCCCAAUGUCAGCGGGUCCCUUCCGGAAUCCUCCUCAGCCUCUUCCAGGUCCAAGAUCGGGCGCAAUGGGCCCACCACAAUCGGCUCCAAUGCGUAGCACACAUAUGCAACAGAGCAUGACACCCACUUACCGCAAUCGGACCCCGACAUUCGACGAAUCUCUCCGUUUGCCUCCUCUCCAAACCCAACUUCCCACCACCGCCACUACAUCCGCUCAUCGUCCUACCGACCGCGACCUCCGGAGCGAAAGUAGAGAGUCCCAAGCUCGAAGUGUUGAGGCCAUGGUCAUGACAAUUCCCUUCUGGAAUAAGUUAAAUAUCCUUUCGAAGAUUUCACCGCCAUUAGCGGCGCCAGGCCCAACGAGUCCCGCGCAGGAGAUUAGAGGCGCGGUGAUUGCUGUAGAGGGGAUGGAAAAGGGAUUGAUUAGGGAGGUGGGAGAUUUUAUUCGUGGACAUCUAGAAAAAGAUGCUAAUUGUAUGGUUCGGACUUGGAUGACGGGAUCCGAUGCUCGUCCAGAAUCGGGGGAUACAGCCGUGGAUGAAGAUGCGGAUACUGAGAUGCGGGACAUCUCGGGUGUGCGAGUGACAAGAGAGAAAGGAAAGGAGAGAAUCAAGGGAAAAGAGGAGAAUAAACAUGAGAUGGUGAUGGAUAUGAAAGAUCUCCAGGAAAAAGAAGAGGCUUCUGAUCCUUUCGUCGAAUAUCUUUCGACGAUUUGUCAAUGGCAUCGGAAUUCAUUACAGAUUACGAAGUUCAUUACGACGGUUCCUCCUUCUUCUCCUCGUAGGGAUACCUCUACUGCUUCUUCGACUCCUCAAUCGUCAGAAGCAUCGCAGUCGUCUACUCCGCAUAAAAGAACACCGAUAGCUCUUAUACCGCAUGGAUAUUCUCUUACCUUGUCAGAUGCGUAUUCGUUGAAAUUACCGAUAAAUGAUAGUUAUGCCCCGAUUGAUCAUUGGCAGUGGAUGGCUACGCUCUGGAGAGGAAUUGUAGGCGCGGAUCUUACGGUGUUUGUGAAGGGGGUAGGAAGGGAGGAGAUGGAACGGUCUGGAGGGGUGGAGUGGAUGGUUGGAAGAGGAAUUGUUGUGAGAGUCUUGGUUUCGGAGAAGGUGGACAGAGAGGGGAGUUUACCGGGGGAUAGAGAAGGUUUGAGGAAAGGCAGUACGAGUACAGUGGGUAGCGGGGGUGGAGAGAGAGAGAAGGAAGGAAGUGGAGGAAAGGAAAAGGAAAAGGAAAGAUUAAAGGGAAGAUGGAUGAGAAGACACGUCGGCGUUUGGGAUUUGAAGUCGGCGAGUGGGUGA